GUUAGCACAAGCCAAAAAAAUACAAUUUUGAGAGCAGUUUCAAAUACCCAGUUGGAAUCAAAUUCUUGGGAAUUUGUUCUUUCUUAAAAAAAAAAAAAAAACCAUUCUCUUUGCACUAUUAUGGCUAAUAUUGUUGUGGUUUUUGACUUUGACAAAACCAUAGUUGAAUGUGACAGUGAUAACUGGGUUGUUGAUGAAUUGGGUUUCACUGAUUUGUUCAAUGAACUUGUUCCCACCAUGCCAUGGAACAAUCUCAUGGAUAGGAUGAUGAUGGAGCUUAAUUCUAAUGGAAAAACCAUUGAAGACAUUGUGCAAGUUUUGAAGAGGAUUCCUAUACACCCUAGAAUAAUCCCUUCCAUUAAAGCAGCCUAUACUUUAGGGUGUGAUUUGAGGAUUGUAAGUGAUGCAAACACGUUUUUCAUUGAGACAAUUCUGAAGCAUUUUGGUAUUAGGGAAUGUUUCUCAGAGAUUAACACUAAUCCAGGUUAUGUUGAUGAAGGAAGGUUGAGAAUUUUGCCUUACCAUGAUCUCAAUAAGCCUCCUCACAAAUGUAAUCUGUGUCCUCCAAACAUGUGCAAGGGUCUAAUCAUAAAUAGAAUCCAAGAGUCUAUAUCAUGUGAAGAGAAUAAAAGGUUUAUCUAUCUUGGGGAUGGUAGUGGAGAUUAUUGUCCAAGCUUGAGGCUUAAAGAAAAAGACUUUGUGAUGCCAAGGAAGAAUUUUCCUGUGUGGGAUUUAAUUUGCAAAGAUCCUUCACUUGUUAAAGCUAAAAUUUAUGAAUGGAGUGAUGGUGAAGAUCAAGAAAGGGUUUUGCAUCAAUUAAUCAACAAAAUAUCAAUGGAAGAAACUGCUGAAUUCAUUUCAACUGAAUUCAAGCUUCAGACUCCAUCUUUCUCUACUCAUGAAGCUAUGCCUAAAGCUCUACGUGUUCUGCAUUAAUAAGCUAGUUUAAUUUAAUGUAUUUACAAUAAAUCAGUAUUUUUAUUUUAUUAUUACUUGCUUUACUUUCAAAUUGACCUUUCCUAUAAUUUGGAGGUGGUCUAUGACAAAUUUUACUUUAUAAAGAACUUAAUGUAUAUUGUGUGUGGACAUAUCCAUGUUUAAAAUAAAAACGGUAAUAUAAAAAAAAUCGACUUCAAUGUGA